AUGGGCAAAAGCGCCAAACUCCACAAGCGCACGGAACAUCAUCGCAAACUCAAACUGGGGCUUCUCUCUACCUUUCGAUCGCUACGCGAGCAGAAAAAGACAACCACGAGCCUAGUAACCAAGACCGGUGGGAACGCGCAUUCCGAGCAAUCCGCCACUAUCAUGACCGCUAAGAAAAAGGCUGCGCUCAAGGGCAAGACGGGUAAUCGCAAGCCUGAAUCGGAAGGCCAUGUCCUAGGAGGCGCGGAUUAUGUGGAUAUCAUGAUGGGCGGCAGGCGCAGGGCGCGGCAGGCGGCGACGAAGCUGCCUCAAGAUGACUGA